AAAUAUUUUCAACAAUCAUAUUUUGAUAUGAGUGAGAUCGGUAAUUAUAUAAUAGGUAGUUGAAGUAUAAAUAUUAAAUAAUAGGGAAGACAAUAGGAUAAGGUACAUUUAGUAAGGUUUGUCAAGCAAUAAAUAAAGUAUUAGGGAAGGAAGCAGCAGUAAAGGUUAUUGAGAAGAGACAUAUAAUAUAAGAAGGAGAUAUAGAGCGAGUGAGAAGAGAAAUUCAAAUAUUGAAAUUGCUUCAUCAUCCUUAGAUUGUGAAACUUUACGAGGUUAAAAUUUAGCAUAGAAUAAUGAAUAGGUAAUAGAGACAGAAAACCAUAUCUAUUUAUUCAUGGAGUAUGCGAAUGGUGGAGAACUAUUUGAUUAUAUUGAUAGAGUGAAAUAGUAAGAUAAUUCAUUUUAAAUGAAUAGAGUAACAGAAUACGAAGCCUGCAAAUUGUUUCAUUAGAUCAUUUCUGGAUUAGAAUAUAUGCAUAGUCAAAAAGUGAUUCAUAGAGAUUUAAAACCAGAAAAUAUAUUAUUGACUGGUGACAGAGAUGUUCUAAUUGCUGAUUUUGGAUUAAGCAAUAUUUAAAAAGAUAUAUUAAAGACUUGUUGUGGUAGUCCUUGUUAUGCAGCUCCAGAAAUGAUACAAGGAGAACCAUAUAAUGGAUAAUUAACAGAUAUAUGGAGUUGUGGCAUUAUUUUAUUUGCAAUGAUUUGUGGUUAUUUACCAUUUGAUGAUCUAAAUACUCAAAAUCUAUAUUAAAAGAUCAUAAAUGCUGAGUAUUCUUUUCCUAAACACAUAUCUAUUGAAGCCAAAGAUCUUAUUAAGAGAAUUUUAAUUGUUAAUCCAUUAAAAAGAUAUUCUAUACAAUAAAUCAAAAGUCAUAAAUGGUGGCAAUUAUGGAAAAGAGAUGUCUAAUAUAUCGAUAUUAUUAGAAUUCUUCUAUGUCAGUAUUCAAAUCCAGAUGUUUAACCAUACCUUGUUAAUUUCUACCAAAUAGUCCUUAUAAUUAAGAUAUACCAAAUUUACCUAAAAAUUCUCCAAGAAAUGCUAAAUCACCUGUAGCCAAAUCGCCACCUACUAAGUCAUCAAAUACUAUAUCAACUACAUCUAAAUUAUCAAAUAGUACUUAUAAAUAGGUCUAUGAUAAAAUUAAAAUGAAAUAAGCACCUUCAAAAUCAUUACAUGAAUCUUCUAACACUCAUAAUCCAAAAACUCAUAAUACAAAUACUAAUAAUUAAUUAAAUAUCUUUUCUAAACCAUCCAAUCAUUAUUUUUCUUAUAAUAAACAUAAAAAAUAGCCUUCAAAAUAAUAUUCUGCACUCAUGAAAUAAAUAUAAUUCUCAAAAAUUGUUUAAAACAUUCAUGAAAAUAAAAAUCUUAAAAUUAUAAACCAUUCUAAUCCUAAUAAAACUUAUACUAAAAACUCUUAUUCUCAAACUAAAAAUAUUAACGAUUCAGAAAAAAUUAAAUUUUAAACUACUCUUAAAAUAGAUGAAUCUUGGUCCACUUAAAAUAUUCUUUAAAGAUUUACUUCUGGAUUAAAUAGUUUAAGAAAUUCUCCCAGAUAACCAAUCAAUAUUAGGGGAAUAGAAUAACAUACUGGUCCUUAUCAUUUAUCAUUUAUAACCAAAAAACAUCCCUAAUUAUUUAUCAAUAUAAUUCAUAAUUAUUUGAAAAUGCAUUUCACAAUUAUUUUUUAUGAAAAUUACUCAAUCACAUUUAAACUUAACAAUGAACAAUUAAUUGAAGUUAAAUUGAAAAGAAUAGAAUAAAUCGAUGUUUAUUAUCUAGAUAUCAUAUCAUUUAAUUAAAACUUUACUCAAAUCCAAUAAUUUGUAAAGGAUUUAUAAUAAAAUAUCAAAUUUUGA